AUAACACCGCAAUCACCCGAGCAUCAGCAGAGACGCACGUACGCAGGCGCACUCUCGCACUCUCUGCCUACCUUCACUGCACACUCGUGCAAGUGCGAGAGGAACAGGCACACCCCCCUCCGUCAUAGUCCGCCCCCAGACCCGUGGGCGAAAAAUAAUAACUUCAAGAGUUUAAUGCAGACCAGUCAUAGCAAGCGCAGCACCAUGGACAAGACGUGACCGAUACAAUGAAUGAGCAUCAACAGAAGUGGGAGUUUUCUCGGAAAAUACAGCGUAAAUGUUAAUAACAGAAGGAUGCCAGUGGAUGGAGACGGUCGUACUGAUGAUGUCCGUCCAUCCUGAAGGGGAAUCUUAGAGGAGUCCCUUUAAGAUGACACGGACGGAUCCUCCUGACAUACUGUCAUCCACGCUGUACCAAGACAUCAGAAUAAGCCCCUUGAGUGGGCCCUCCAUGUCGUUCACCUCCUUCAAACAAUGUGAUUCCCAAAUGAUCGGCACGCUGGAGCAAAACCACGAGGUCAUCAACAAGAGGCACUGCCGCAGCUUUGACUUCAUCGAGUCCCUGGAUGACCCCAAGACCUUCUCCUCUUCCAUGGACUAUUCUUACGGGGCGGAACGGCAGCCGGCCAGCAAGGAAUGGAAUGGCCUGGGGCAGUCGGCCAGCAAGGAUGGGCUCUGGAAUGGUCUGGGGCAGUCGGGGCAUCUCCGCUUCUCCUCCCCGGAUUUAUUCAACACAAAGCUGCCAGCGCAGCAGGGUGCCGCGGACACCACCGCCGCCGGGGGGGAGGCCGCCAGGGCUGAUGGGAAGGGGAAGGCUCGCUCCAAAAGCAUGCCGCGGGCUCGAGCCACACUCACCCCUGUCCCCAUUACGGUGUCGCCCCCGUCAGCGCGUAGGGCGAGGGAGGGCCAGCGAGCCUCUUCGGUCGACCCCCAGAGGAGUUCUGAGGCAUCGGGCUCGUUCCCUUCCACCCGAGACGCUUCUCAUUACUCUACCCGGGCGUUGGUGAACGAGGUGCACCCAAUCAAACUGCAGCCCCACGCACCCCUCUACGUCUCCGGUUGCUUCGAGGAGCCCAAAGCCGACAAGCCGAGCACGAGCCCUCACGUCCGCUGCCGCGUGGACAUCAAGCCUGAUGCCGCUGUUCUCCAGCACGCCGCCAGGAAGCCCCCUCCCCCUAGAGCCGACCUGGCCUGGCAGCGCUACUCCACGUCGGGUCUCACAGGCCUCUCGGUGCCCCGUCAGGUGGGCAUCUCCCGGACGCCCACACCGAGCGAGUUUUACGGGGUGGACUACAGGCAGUCGUACCCGUACCCACCUUGCAUGCCUGGCAGCUAUGUGCAUCCAGCAGACGUCCAGCUGGGCCGAACGCCCUCUCCCCAAGACCCCAGAGACUUCCUGGGGUCGCGGUACAAGACCCUGUCCACCCCAAACAUACCCACUAAGUUCUUCUACACAGAGGAUCCGUGCAGGUACCCUGUGCAGCCUCCCGGCAGAGCGUACUACCAGGACGACCAGUACAGUCUGACCAGCAGCAACAGUCAGAUCCCCUCCCUGAACGGCCAGUACCCCCAGGACCCCAGGGUCCGCUGGGUUCACACUCUCCCAGUGAGGCCAUGUUACACGGAGGUAAAAGCCCGCCGAGACCCAGUGGAGGCGUUCUACAACAGACCCUACUCAGUGAGUGAACCAGGACCGUACUAUAUGCCAGCACCCCAGUCACGGGGUUACUAUAGAGACGAUCCAAGGGGAUACCCCCCUACCUGCCCGACUGACCCGGCUAGGAUCUUCUACUCGAGGCCAUGCCAUUCGGACUACAGCAUUCCAGUGAGACCCUGCUACCCUGAGGGUCGUCACCAACCCCGCAUGUCGCAGGUGUUCUCAGACUCAGACUGGCAGCGGUCCAGCAUAUCAGGGUUCUCCAGCCACUAUGCAUCCUCGCAAGCCACUCCGCAGAGGGUGAGACAGGACCCCUCCUUAACCCCCUGGUACCCUAACGACUUCACCGAGCCGAGCAGGCUAGGUGCCGACGUGAGGCACCACUCCAAAUCCUGGGACAACAUUCUGACUCAUCAGGCCGAGAGGGAACAGGCGUUCCCACGAGGCCGGAGCUACGAGAACCUUUUCAACCACGCGAGGCACGCCGCUCCGCCCGCGGACGCCAGGCAGCAGCCGGUCAUCGUGAACCUCUCCAGCUCCCCGCGGCGCUACGCCGCGCUGUCCCUCUCGGAGAACUCCCUCGAGAAGUGCCACGGCAACGGCAGCGCCAGGAGCAGCAUGAGCAGGCACUGGUACGUCACCCCGGAGAUUACCAUCACGGACAACGACCUCCGCAACGCAAGCCAGAGGAAGAGAGAGGGCAACUCUGUCACCUGGGGGGUCCCUAACGGCGUUCGGACGCCCACUUCAGUCGUCGCUCACCAGCAGCCAACGGUCAGUGUCCAAGACACCGCCAAGGAAAGACAACACAACAGUUACUCGCUGCAGCAGAGCCUGGAGCAACUUGAUGAGCUUUUAGCUGAUCUGGUUAUCGACUACAAGCCUCCGGACAGCCGGCGCCCCAGUGAGGACCUGAUAGAUCAGCUCAAACUGCUGAUCAGCGACGACGACAUCAAGGAGGUUAAACAAGCAUCGUUUGGAUUGGACGAGCAGCUGCUCUUACACACACACGACUCUUCUGCGAAGACUAGCCCAGACACACCCAAGGACCCAGACAGCGGCUGUGAUGGUAUGCAGCACAGCCUGGACGAGUUCUCCCUGAACCACAGUCCCGACGAGGACAACUCCAUGACCUGCUCCAGCGGAAAGUGUGGUCGUAAAGAGACCAUGUUCAACGCUUGCCUGUACUUCAAGUCCUGCCACAGCUGUUAUACCUUUUACUGCUCUCGAAACUGCCGCCGAGAGGAUUGGGACAGCCACAAGGAGAACUGCCUGUACGGCAGAGUUAGCAGUGUGUGCCGACACAUACUGAAGCAUUGCAGAGAGACUCCAGACAUCCACAAAGCCUUCUCCCGCAUCGCUAAAGUGGGCUACCUGUCACGAGGAAGAGGGGUCCUGUUCCUGGGGUUCCCCAACUCAGGGGCCGCAGAUAAUUUCAUGAAGGUUGGUCUGGAGAGUCUCCUGAUGUCGCCUACGUAUUUGUCUCUCAGAGAACUGGACAGUUUCAAGGACAACCUGGGAGACUACUGUGGGGACCUGCAAGAGGCAGGGAAAGAGUACGACCCCAAUGAAUGUUUCCUGUUAAACGUGUCCAUCGCGGUCGGUGAGCUAGUGCCUAACAAACCCUCCCCCAGAGUUCAGACGCCAACCGUUCGCAAAUACGCCAAGGUGUCCCUAGCAUCCUCCAGCCCGGACAAGAAAGUCUGCAGGAGAGAAAGCGACAUGGAGACGCUUAUCCUCACCCCGCCGCCGGGGACGACGGACCUCGACAACAUGAGCGAGGAGGGCAGGAAGGCGAGGGAGAUCUGCUUCAUCAACAUCCAGAGGGAGCUGAGGACCAGGGGAGUCUUCCUCCGUCACGAGUACCCUCACAUUUACAAGCAGCUGUGCGACUUCGUGGAGAGCAACAAGAGAUUCACGCCCACCACCAUCUACCCCAUAGACAAGAGAACGGGGAAGCAGUUCAUGUGUAUGAUCAUGGCCGCCUCGGAGCCUCGUACACUGGACUGGGUCGGCACGCCACAUCUCUUAGAUGACAUCAUUUGAUUCACUGCACCUUCUGUAUUAUGUAUUAUAUGUGCAUAAUUGAACUAACUUAUUUAUAAUUCCUGUUUUUAGAUGCGAUGUAUUUUGCUACAGAAUGUAUAUAUCUAAAUCAGUAUUUGCCAGGGUGUCUCCUAUUGUCAUGGGGUGAUAACUGCUUGUAGAAUGCGAAAUAUAAAUAAGAUUGACAUUUGACAUAUGAGGCUAAUGAUUAGUUCUUGACACUGCUUUAUCUUGAUUAUGUAAUUCUCUUUAACGUAUUGCUUUACAGCAAGCACAUGGGAUCAGAAAAAAAAAAUAUCUGUUAGUGAAUGACUUUUCUGUAUUCAGAGGAAAAAUGGAUAUGCAUGUAUGACGCACGUAAGAUGCACUUUGACAUUCCUCCGUUUGUUAUAAAAAUAGUAUUAUAUUUUCAGACCACUGAAUUAUUUUGUUCAUUGAAGAAGAAGGUGAUUGGAGAAAUGUUGAGAGUUUCUUAAAGAAGAGAAAGAGAACAAGUCAGUUCUGCACUAAGUUUUCUAAACGGAUGUGAUUCUGUCCCUCUGAAGUUCAGUUCUUGCUUCCAGCCUUUCCUGUUUUGUUUUUGUUCUGGUUCUAAUGGUUGCUGAUGAUACAUGUAACAUAUACAAUACAAGAAUACAUCAACCAAACAGUAUUGCAAUUUCUGUGUUAUUCAGUACUCAGUAAAAGAAGUAUUGUAGCUAGGUACUUGGUGUUUGGCUGUACUCCACAUUACUCCUUAAUGCUCUGCCUGAUUCUCUUAUUAAUUAUUUAGAAACAUAUUUAAUACAGUAAAUCUAAUGUAACAACAAGGGACUACUUAACUCGUCAUGCCGUACUAUUCUCAAGGAACAAAGUGCUGAAGUAUCUACAAGGACAAAUUUUACAAAGCGUCAUAAGGCUAAAGUUAUGUGGACCGUUAAUGACUAAACUACUGAGGUGCAAACUAUCAAACGGGGGGGCGUGACCUGUAUAGCUGUAAAGUGCUUGAUGACUUGUAACCGUUGCGCAUAGAGUUGCUUAGCAACAAGUCUCGUCCUUCUUCUGUGACUUUCCACAGUACAGCAUAAAAGUGAAUCCGCAAGCAACUGCUUUGACAAAACCAAUAUAGGAAGAGUGCCAAUUGUCUAUAAUCACAGAUUCCUUUUUAUUUUCGUGACAUUCUAUCUGUUUCAAUGUUAAAAAAACAUGAUCAAACGAUAUGUAUGAAAAAGUGAAAUGUUUAAAUAUGCCUUGACACCUAGGCUUUAUAUUAAGCUCAAGAAACACAUAAGGAGGAUACUUUUUAUUUUUAGGCUUAUCGCUGAAGGCAAUACUUUUGAAAUAUUUUUAUGACUGAGAAAUUAACAGAUCGUUUGUAAUAAUUACAUUUCACUAAAACGUUAAGCUGUCACCCACGUUAAGCUGUCUUGUGCAGGCCUCUUGUUACGGUCAUUCAUGGGGGCCCAGAGCCUAAACUAUAUCUACUCAUUCAUGGUUAAUGGCAUCGUUUUCAACAGGAUAUUUUUUGUUUGUUUUCUCUUGUUUUCAGUCUUGUUUGUAUUUGUUUUGAAUCAAAUUUGUAAGCAGUCAAAAAUGUCAUGUGUUUCAUUUCAUAAAAUAAAAACCAACAAAAGACUAA